CUCUCAUCUCUUCUUCUUCUUCCUUUUUGCUUUUCAUCUCUCUCUCACUUGUUAAAUCUGCAUUUAAGAUUUAUUUCCAGUUGAGUGAUAAAAAGUUAUUUAAUAAUUCAAUCUUUGAAAGGUCUUCCUUUUUUUUUGUCCGUCAAAGUCUUCUUCAGCUUUGAAAAAACAUUUGUGUUUUACUUUUAAACAAACUGUGUUUCAACUUUUGUGUGUGUGUCCACUAGAAGCAGAAAUCUGAAAAGGUGGGAUCAUCAUUGAGAGCUAACAAGAGUUUUGUUUUGUGGGUUCUCUUCACUUUUUUUCUCUUCUGGUUCUUCUGCUGAACAUUAAUGGGGGAUAUGCAAGUUGGUGUUGCCAAUAUUGACGAUAAGGGCUUUUAUGGCUUGAUGGAGGACAAACCGGUGGCCUCAUCAAACCCAACCCUGCAAGUGUCGGUUUCAUUUGGUAGGUUUGAGAAUGAUUCACUUUCGUGGGAGAAGUUCUCUGCUUUCUCUCCAAACAAGUAUUUGGAGGAAGUUGGUAAGUGUGCUACUCCAGGUUCCGUAGCUCAAAAGAAGGCUUAUUUUGAAGCUCAUUACAAGAAGAUCGCUGAGAGGAAAGCUGAGAUCAUGGAUCAGGAGAAACUAAUGGACAAGAAUUCUUCUUUUAGAUCGGUCAUUACAGAUCAGGGGAGUAUGGAAGGUGAAAUUGGCGGUUCUGUGACAGAGUCUAUGGUUGAUACUGAAGAAGAUAAGCAUGUGACUGACAUUGCUGCUGAAGUGAAGGAGCUGAGUGUUAAUGAAGAGACUAUCAUUGUCAAGCAAUGUCAAAGCUCGGUUGAUGAGGUGAAAGAAGAAGUCAAGAACAGUCUGGAUAGUCCAAGAUUGGAGAAACCAGAAGAGUCUGCCCUUGUGGAGGACAAACCAGAAGAGGUUUUACUAAUGGAUGAGAAAGAAGAGACAGAGUUAAGAGAAGACGUGACAGAGAACAUUCUAUGCAAUGACACUACUGGCAAUAUGAAUGAAACACCAAAGAAGGACAUGGAGAAAGAGAAAACCCAAAAACUAAUCAAGAAGGGUGGAAACGUUGGGAUCAAUCGUACAAGAAACUCUCCCAAGCCUGAGCAGGUGAGGACAAAACCGGCAACUAACAAGAUUGUAACAAGUAGGAAAACUCCACCAAGCAAGGAGGUCAAGAACAUGAUGAAACCAACAAAGAAACCAGCAGCACCUAUCUCAAAGGCCCCACCAGGGUUUUCAACUCCAAGAGUGUACAAGCCAGCUUCAAAAGUCACUUCCUUAUCUACAUCCCAGUCUUCUGUAAAGAAGGAGAAUGGCUCGUCUCUACUGAAGAACAAACAAACUGCGCCAAAGUCAUUGCAUAUGUCUAUGAGUCUUGGUCCAUCUGCCUCCGAUCCUACUGCUCUUACAAGCACUAGAAAGUCGUUGAUUAUGGAGCGAAUGGGAGAUAAAGACAUUGUGAAACGUGCGUUUAAGUCAUUUCAAAAGAGUUAUGACCUCGAAACUUCUGUGGAUGAGCAAAAGCCAGCUCUAAAACAGAAUCCUGUGAAGGCAACAAGUGUUUCGUCAGUAGCUACAAGGCAUAAGGAAAGUAGCAGGCCUGCAAAAGCAAGUGGCAUGGAGAAGAGAAUUAGUACUAGCGCUCAUGGUUCUGCAUCUCGUGGGUUGAAAAGCAGUGUCACAGCUGAGAAACAACAAAAAGAGCUUUCCAAAUCUGGUGCUAGACCUGUAGAGAAGACACGUUUGCAGAAGAACCCAAAGACUGGAGUGGUUGAUGCCAAAACCCGAAGGGAGUCUCUGAAUCCGAAAGCAAAACCCAUGCAGGGUUCUCUUCCAGUACGUACCUUACCAAAAGUGGCUUCAGACAAGAUGUUAUGAUAGCUAUAUCCUUCUUGAUAAAGUGUGAUCUUUGUCACCAAUGUUGUUUGUUCUAUUAGUCUAUGAGUUGAAGAGCCAAAUUAUAUUUUUGUUAUAUAUAGAGGAGUCUCUAGUAUCAUGUAAUAAGCCUAAUGUUAAUAUCCCUGAGGGGAUGGAUGAUGAAUAGUUAUAAUUUACUUUCAUGUGUAUGUGUAUAGACUACGUGGAUCAUGUUAUUUAUCGCAAUAUUAUCAAAUCUUG